AUGGCAAUGGCAACGACAACGGAUAUAAGGGAAUGCACCUGCAGCGGUUACUACGAAGAGCUUCGCGCUGAGCUUCACUCUCUUCGUACCGCCGUGACAAGUCCGAAUCUACGCUCUGCCGGAGUGCACAUAAGAGCGCUGGUUGACGACCCUACGCAGGCAGGGGACAAGAUCCGUACAGCCCUUCAAGACGACGUGACGAUGGCGAGUAUUGAUAUCGUGGGCCUCAACCCCCCUUCGCGAGCUACGGUCAAGGUGUUUGCCGAUUCGGACGAAGGCGUCUCAAAGCUUCGCCGGGCAACGUACUGGCUAGACGCAUUGCCCGGUGCUCAGCUGCAAGGUGGACAAUGGUAUCCUGUCAAGUUAAAUGAUGUCAAGAAGGAAAGCGUCUAA